AUGGCGCACGCGAACGGAUUGUCGCAGGAGCAGACCGAACAGGCAUUGGUUAGUCGGGAAACGUUUUUUUCCCCCAAAAAAUGAUUUUUUCCAAUUCCAGGCGUCGAUUUCAAAGCUUAAAGUGCACGAUUUGAUGGUGAGCUCGCAUUUUUGCAACAAAAAAGAAUGAUAAUUUUCAGAGUAUCAUUUCGGCGCUCAACUUGCGACGUCCACGCAAUCAGAAGGUCGAACAGCAGAAAGUCGUCUACAGCGCUCUUUUUGAGCCGCAAACCGCGCGAACCGUCCACCAAAUGGUCUCUUUUUCAGAAAAUUUUGUCCGAAAUUCUUUAUUUUUCAUCAUUCCUCUAGAAAUCCAUAAACUCGAUAUUUUCAGGCAGUCGGCUUGUCAAACGGAGGAUAUAACGAGGUAAGUCCGCAAGAAAACGCCGUUUCCGGUCAUUUCUCGCCUAAAAUCGUUGAAUUUUGUUGCUCCAGUUACUGUAGAGUUUUAAGGCGCAUAUCGCUCCUCGGCGCCCGGUCGCAGCGAUUUCACGCAUUGCGGAUUUUUAAGGGGAAAAUCGAUUUUUCCACUGAGUUUCGUACAAAAAUGCUCCCAAAAAGUGUUUAAAACAGUCCAUCCUUGUCUUUUUCGUCUGCUCAUUCCCUAAUUUGUGCGAUCUCCGGUUGACCGCAUCCGUCGCGUCGUCUACGUCUCUCGCUUUUUCGCACUCUCUCUUCUCUUCUCUAUUUCUCGCGCCAAAAAACAGAAGACCGCCCGACGGACCGGAAAGCGUGCGUUCCGAGGACACACGAACUUCAAUUUUUGAAUUCCGGCGAUUUUCAGAAGGUUCAGAAGCGACAGGCACCUUUUUUUAAAAUGAAAAUUAAGCUCAGAAACACAUUUUGUUCAAUUCUCUCAAUUACAGUGAAUUUCUCUCUUGCAUCGCCCAAUUUUUUGUGAUUGUUCGCUUUUUCUGUUAAAAAAAUUCCGAAACAUCGUUUAGAAACGUUUCUCACAUUUUUUACAGAGAGGAUCGAAAUCAGGAGUUAUUCAGCGAAUUUUUUCGUUUUUAACGCUUUUACAUCGCUGAAUUUGGAUUUUGACUCUGAAAACCGUAAUUUUAUCUUGGCAAUAAUUUAUCUCUCACAAUCAGACCUGCCAAGAAUCAGUCUGUACCGCCGCAAAAAUUUGAUCUUCUCAAAGACAGAAAAAGAUCAUUCAUUUUUUUUAAAAACAAUUUUCGUCCUUUUCCCAAUUCUGGCGCUCUUUUCCAUCCUCAUUCGAAUUCCGUCGCAUUUUAGGCCCUUUCUCUGCGUCAACUUGGUCCUCCACCUCGGGAAAUGCCGCCCAAAAGAGCACAGGUUGGUUUUCUGGGCCCCGAGCUGAUCGGAUAUUAUCGAAUGAUUCCUCUGGUAUUGCGAAAUGGUCACCUGACACUUUAUCGAUUUUUGCGCGCCAAAGAAUGCAAGUGCGCUCCAGUGAGAGUUUGGCGCCCGCCGCCGCCGCCGAUAAUAUCGAUUAUUACUACCGCGUAGGGACUACUUUGAAUUGUGCACCUAAUUUUAUUUUAUUAGCGAUUGUCGACGAGUCAGGUUUUUUCCUGUCUGUAACUGGGCUUUUUUCCUGUCUUUUUCCCCGAACCCCAUAAUUGUAUUAAAAAUUUGAAAAAAAAGUAGGCGAAAUGUGACCGGAAACCUAAAACUCGAAGAUAAAAUUGGAUUGCUUAUCAAAACAUUGUUUUUUUUGCAGAUGUCAAAUCGGGGAAGGCCGGCGCGAUCACAGCCGUACCUGGUGCCGGCGGGACGGAACGGCACGAACGGGCACCUCAUGCCGCACCACCAGCAGAUGCUCCAUCAGCAACAACAGCACCACCCGGGCAAUCCGGUGAACCUAAUGCAGCAGCACCAGUUGUUGCACGUGCAGCAGCAGCAGCAGCAGCCAUCAUCGGUGAGCUCCUCCGUCUGUUUGGACGCGUUCGGCGACCAAAUGAACGCCGCGCUGAUGGCGGUCGUGGCCGCAAACGGACUGUAUCCGUCUGAGAAUCCGCCGCCGACGGCACUCGAUCACGAGUUUCUCCAACAACACCAUCAUCUACUCCGACAGCACCAGCAGCUGUUUCAGCAGCCGUUUACGGAUCCAUCUGGGGUGAACCUUUCAUUCCUCUUUCUCACUCUCUCUCUUCUCUCUCUCUCUCUCUCUCUACCCAUAUUUCUCUCUUUUCUGUACAGUUUUCGAGUUUUUUGCGCCAUGGGUUUGCUUUUGUAGUUUGAAGGGUUUUGAGGCCACUUUUGUCCGUAAAAAAGUAUCGAAAAUCAGCUGAUACCGAAUAGUCAGUGUAUUUUGUGACGGAAAAGAUAAUCCGAUUAGAGUAGUGUGAUAGAAAAGUAAUUUUUCGGUAAUUUCGUGUUGAUUGAGCUGAACGGAUCAGUAAAGAUGUUUGAUUACAUUUACGGCUAGAAAAGAGCUCCGGAAUGGCUAUUGUCUGUGUGCCGACGGCGCAGAAGUCCAGCUCGCGUCGCUCGCUCAAAAUGUUUCGAGAAAAGCGCCAAGUCGCACACUUCGCUAAAUAUACCACGAUAGAAGACGCCGAUUCGACCAUUGCAUGGUAAAAAAUUUUUGAAAAGUAGUUUUGUGCUCUAAGUCCCCCUUUCUCCUGUCGGAAGCCGUUCGGACACUUGGAAUUUGAUCACUGUUGCAUGAUUUAGUAAGUGUCUCAUUCACAGUGUAGAUAAUAGAACCACAUCUGAAAAUGGUGCUCUUCCUGCACAAUUUCAGCGCCCUCUCCACCCCCGAAUAGCCCUCCUGAAGUAGGCUUUCAUUGAGAAAAAAGUGAGAGAGAGAGAGAGAAUUGAAAAGAGACGAAAGGAAAGAAGAAGAGGAAGGAUCGCUGGUGUUGCCGGAGUGUUCUAACGGGCCUUUGCACUGUUCUCAAUCCCCCGAUCACGGUGUCCCCACUAACCCAUCCCAUCCAAAUGCACCCUUUUUACCCUUUUACCCCCCUGCACAUUUCCCAAUUUGCACCCCGAACCCUCGAAUUUUGCUUCAGAUGCACCAAGUGCGAUCGCCGCCGCCAUUCCAGCAAAUCCGAUUGCCGUUCUACGACGUCGUGCAGACGAUUCUGGCGCCCGUCGAGUUGGGCGCCAGUAUGCCGGCCACGAAACAGGCGAAAUCUGUACGGUUCUAAUCAGUUUCCACUCAAUUUUCGUCCAUUUUCAUCAUUUUCAGCAGUUCACAUUCCAAAUCAAUGCGGAUCAGAUGUCGAAGAUCACGUACCGUCAGGACACGACUCCGUUGCCGAGAUUUGAGUUGCAAUUGAGGUUUGGAGCUCACAAAUCCCCAAAACAACGUUUUCCUUCAGAUUCUUCAACCUGACGGACUAUAACGCACAGCCGUUCCGCGACGAUUUUCCGCUCAACGCGCACGUCCGAGUCGACGAUCAGAUUGCACAGUUGCCGGUUAGAAACGCCUUGGAAUUUUGAAUUAAAAAAAACGGGAAACUUUUUGCAGAAUGUGAUUCCGACGAACAAGCCGAACAUGGAGCCGAAGCGUCCGUCGCGUCCGGUCAACAUCACGAAUUGUCUGUCGCGUUUCGGCACCGCGCAGCAUCGGAUCGUCAUUGAAUGGCUCGCCGACAGACGCACGUGGGCCGCACAAAUCCAGUUCGUGCAUCGCGUCGACGCGCACAUUCUGUUCGAUCGCGUCGAAAAGGAUCCGAGCAAGCACAAGAGCAUCGAGCUGACGAAGAAGGAGAUAGUGACGAAGCUAAACGGCAGUGGAGAGGACGACAUUGCGAUGGACCACCUGCAGAUAAGUCUGCUGGAUCCGCUCGUGCGCACCCGAAUGGUCACUCCGUCCCGAUGCGCCGACUGCACUCACUUGCAGUGUUUCGAUCUCAAGUCGUAUCUGAUGAUGAACGAGAAGAAAGCCACGUGGCAGUGUCCCGUCUGCUCCAACUAUUGUCCGUACGACCGGCUCAUAAUUGAAGAGUGAGUUUGAAUGGGGCUCAUUUGCAAAGAUAUUCUUGGAAAUCGGCUGACAAAGUUCAGAUCGAAUAGCCUCAUGGCCUAAUUCAGUCGGGUAAAAAUAGUAAAAUUAAGGGUUUUUUCUGUUUUUACCGAAUGAGCCCAAGAAAACUGAAGGGUCAGAUUGGUGCUUGGGAGGGUAAAUGGGGGAGGGUAAUGAUUACCGUCAGGAGCUUCGGAAUCAGCUGCCGAAGAUUCAGAUUGAAGCUCCUGUUAGACCGACGAUUUCUGAUUGAAACCUGCUCAGUUUGAGCCAUUUUCACAGGAACACCCACUCUCUGCUCUCAAACGCCGCAAAACCCAUGCGUCGGUCCCUCGUUUUCCAUUUUCGACCACUCGUUUCCCUUUGACACUUGGCUAUUAUUCCCCUCCUCCUCGUCUUCUACACUAUUUCGCCUUCUCAUGCACCUUAUCAGUGCUGCAUUAUUUCGAGUCGCUGGACACUGCCCAAAAUAGGCACGCACACGGGGUGACACGCUGAUAAAAUUAGCCGGCGUGUGCACAAAUUUGGAAAUGCGACGUCUAAAUUUGGAAUUUUUCGGCUACACUUGCCAAGCAUCAUGGUGUGUUAUCAGCACGGGUUUGUGUGCGUGUGUGUGUGUACUGAUGCUCUCUUCGAAUCAUAUUCAGAUCAUGACGUCAAACUGUACGCCGGAAAAGAAGGCGGUGGCGGUUUGGAGAGAGAGAACUUUGAGGUUCCAAAGGUCGAAGAUCAGGUGUUGGUCAGAUAUUAUAGGUCUUGGAGGGAGCUUGAUGACUUUUGAGACAUUUUAUUUAAUCUAACGGUGAAAUAGUUCAAUCUGAACCAUUCGGAGCUGACUGGCGAAUGAUCCAAACUUACCUUGAGCUUUCGAAGUGGGACCCAAGUGAUUUGAAAGAAAAUUUCAUGGAGACCGCAACAUUUUAGCUAAAUAUUCAAAGUAUUGUUUGUUCCUGACAGCUAUUGUCACUUGGGCCAACGAGAAAUCUUCCAGCUGCUCGGAAAGUCCCCUUUGGAUAGUAGGCUCUGCAAGUUUUUCCGUUUUUCCGUUCUCGGACUGUUUACCGCCAGUCUGCUGCUUCAUCAUCAUCAUCAUCAUCGACGUCCUUUCAUGAAAACGAUGAUGAUCAAAGCAUGGUGGACAAACAAACGGACCGUCUGUCUGUCCAUUUCAUGCUUUGUCAACGGGCUUUUCGCACGCGUGAAAACUGUACACACACUGACGAUUUUGCGUGUGUGAAACACACACUUUUGUACGGAAUGUUUGCUUGUGCUCGUGUCCGGCAGCUGAGAAAGCAAUGUGCGUUCGUUUUUUGCGCGUGAUUUGAUGAGAAAUCUGUAAAGUCUGGUGCGACUUCGAAAUAGAACAUGUAUUUCGGAGCACUUCUAUUCUGAGACAUCUUCUAUUUCGAAGUCGCACCUAAAAAUUGGGAUACGGUUUUUGAAAAAGAGGAAAAAAAAGGAUAGGAACAGUUGAGAACCGGUGUUUUGCAGUUACUUCUUGGACAUGCUCCACAAAGUGGACAAGGACACGACGGAGGUGGAGCUGAAGGCCGACGGAACGUACGAUGUGAUUGGACGCGACGACGAGGUUUGCCUUUCGGACGACUACGACGACGUCAAGGCGACGAUACUUUAUGCGCCGCGCUCCUCGAACGGAAACGGAGCAGCCGCGGACGCGAACGGGACCGACUCGGCGGCCGAAUCGACGAGCGGAAAGCGGAAGAAACUGCCGGUGGAAGACGACGACAUCAUCGUGCUGAGCGACGACGACGACGAGGACCUGAACAGAGGUAUUGCGAUGUCGUUGAACGACGCGAUCAAUGCUAACCGACGGGCCGAAGGUUAGCACUGCGAGAACGGCGCAGAGGGGACGGUCGGCAGAUGUUCUCAUCAUAUUUUCAGGUUCUGCAGAGAGUUCGUCGAGUUCAGCGGCUCAAAAGACGCCGCCGCGUGCAGCAGCAGCAGCAGCAUCAUUAAUGAAAAAGAACGGAAAGGAGGUGGAGGUGAUCACUCUGGACGACACUCCGCCGCGUCCGAAGCAGCAGCAUCCGCAGCCGUUGGCGCCGAUCAGACAGAUCUCUCAGCCGUCCGGAUCCAGCAACGGAAUCUAUCCGAGCCAGGGGGGACCCGCGUCGGCGCCGAUCAAUGGCGGAGGCUUGCAGACGAUCAGCGAUGCGCUCGCGCAGAUUGGAGACAGUAGAGUGAGUUUUCGGACAUGUGCAACUGACCGAUCGGAUCCGAUCUUUGCAAGCCUUUGGUUUGGAGUAUCCUAGCUCACUGUUCCGGGUGCCCUUCUUAUACAGUAUUUACGGUAUCUGCUGACCAGUCGGUAUGAAACUUUCAAAACAGAUACUCCAAGCCAAGACUGACAAUCUUGCAAUGUAAUAAUAGCAACUGGCCCGAAAGUGUUGAAGUGUUACUUUGCAUGCAUCAGCUCAAUCCAUAACUUCCGUAACCGAAUGUGUUCACCGAAAGGAUCCCGUUGCUCUCGUCCCCCCUCCAUCUUUUUUUGUGUUUUCCAGCAUCAGCAGCCGUCGUCAUCUCAACAUCAGGCUGCCAGUUUGAUGGGUCAAAUGGCGUCGCCGGCGUACAUGCAACAGCAAAUGGCCGCGGCAGUUUCGACGGCUCAGCAGUACACCUAUCCGGUAUGCAAUCAUCACGAACACUAACAACUACAGUAACCCGUCCUUUUUUCUAUGCUCAUCUCAUUUUACUCACUUUUUGUUGAUUUUUUUACAAGGAUUUGUUGAUUUACCGAUAUUUUGAUCGAUCAUUUUGCAGGUGGGCACGUCGAUGAUGCAGCCGCACCAGCCGUACUCGAUGCAGAACGGAAUUAUUGGACGUCAGAAUCAGAUGGUGCAUCCGCAGAUGCAACAGCAACCGCCCGGCGUCACACCGUCCAACUUUUACGGACAACAGCAGAUGACGAAUGGUAGGCGCUUUUGAGAGCAUUUCUUUAUGGAAAAGUACAAUAGCAUGUGGUCGUUUGCCCCGUUUUUUUCCGUAAUUUUUACCCAUUUUUCUCUGUCUGUUUCUCGUCUUGUCCCUUGUUUUUGGUGCAUCUCAUUCUCCGUUUGUGUUAGGUUGCCGUUGCCGUUGCACACUUUCAGCCCGUCCACAAGCACCGUCCACGUCUUCUUCUGCCGGAAGUCGAGCAUGCGAACCGAUACCACCCGGAGUGACACAGCGACAACGACAAAGGACGCCCAGAAAUUAG